CCAAUUAGGAAUCAAAUUUAAAAUCGACUUCUACGUCAUCAGUGUUUAAAUUACUGGGAUGUAUCUACGAAAUUCUUUUCAAAGAAAUUACUCGUUCGUUUCAGUUCUAUAAAUUAAGAUUUAAAUGGAUCGUCGUUAUUAGUGUCGGAAAAGUAAUCUUAUGGCAGACUUUAUUUAUUUACCACUCCUUUCCGUGGUAAAUAAAACCUGCAGACUUACAAUUUAUCAAAUUGAAAAUAUUAAACAUUUUUACAAAUAAAAUGAGGCUGGUAGUGUGUGCGAUGCUGGUUUUCCUAGCGCAGGGUGUCCAAAGCGGCGACUUUGCUCUCCGGUCCCAGGAUGCCAAGCCAUCCGUCACCUGCACCAGCCGCCAUAUUCACGCGCAGUUCGGCCUAGCUGUACAAAACAACCUACAAGUUAAGGAUGAUGAGUUCAGGAUCCCGGUACAUGAUACUAAGGAAAAAUGCGGGGUGAAAUCGGUGCAAGAGGAAGACGGACAGCUGUCCUUCUACAGUCUUUAUGACAGCUGCUAUUCUCAUAUUGAGGGUGACUCAGUAUUAGUGGCUCUGGAGGUACAAGUGGGGAAAGAAGGUCCGUGGUACCGGGUGAACAUCAGUUGUCCUCUUAGUCAAUACAAAGCUCCCGACCUUAAACUGAUUUCAGGAACUUGCAGAAUACAGAAGUCCUUGAGGGUGUCCUGUGGACCCCAGGGCAUCUCUCGAGAUGCCUGUCUGAAACUUGGAUGCUGCUUCUGCCGUUUUAAAUCCAUUUGUUAUCACAGAAUUGACGCCUGCUCCUUGGAUGGAAACUUUGUGUUCUCAGUGAAUACUUCAGACUUUCAGCUUCCCAUUGCCCUCAGCAGCCUCAGGGUCAAAGGUCAGCCCCAGUGUACCCCAGUAGCUACCAGCACAGACCAGGCAGUCUUCAAAUUUGGGGUGACAGAGUGUGGCGCAAAGAGAGUGGUACUUGGGAAGGUGGUGAGGUAUGAAGUGGAGGUAGAGGCACUGCCACUGGUUCUGACUGAAGCCAGAGAUUCACCUUUCAGACUGCAGGUCCGGUGUCUGUACGCUGGGUCAGUGAGGCUGCAGACCAGCCUGCUGUCCAAGGACCCCACUAAACCCCCUCUUGUCUCUGCAGUGGGAACUCCCAAAGUGAGGAUGAGAAUAGCUAGAGAUGGCUCCUUCUCCUCUUUUGUACCUGAGGACGAGCUGCCUUUGGAGCUGUCUCUGCGAACCCCUGUGCACGUGGAGGUGUCUUUUGCCAGGCCCUCCCAGAAUCCUGGACUCUCUCUACGCCUGCGAGACUGCUUUGCCUUCCCAGCUUCCAGGCACUCACUCUGGACACUGCUGCAUAAUGGGUGUCCCAACCCUCUGGACAGUGAGAGGAGCUCUGUGCUCCUGGGUCGCUGGGGACAGUCUCUGUCUCAGGUCAGGAGGUUUGAUGUGAAAACAUUUGCCUUCAUUGACCCCAAAACUGGAGAGCCAAGUAUGGAAGAGUUGUAUUUCUACUGCUGGGUGGAGAUUUGUACAGAGGAAGAAGAAUGUGAACAGCAGUGCCCAACCCUGUGUGAGUGUCUGAUCCUCACUCAUGGCAGUGGUAGGAUGAGGAGGGAGUACAAAUCAGAUCGAGUCUCACAACUUGUGUUCUUUGGCCCGGUUCUGUUGGGCCAGAACAGCAGCGGAUGGGAAGAAAUUCAUGGGCCCGAGAUUGCAGUUCCUGCCGCGAUAGUGUAUCAGAUGUUGUCUGUAUGCUCCCUCUCUGUCACCUGUGCCUCCGCUCUUUUCCUCCUCCUCUUUUGUGUGUGGUCUAAAGCGAGGCAAAGCCGCCAAAGUCGCCGCUCACACGGGGAGCCGGGCAUCGGCACGGAAACGGAGGUGGCCGCCUCUGUGAUUGGCUGAAAGUGGGAUAUAAUUUGGGUAAUAAUAUAGGAAUAAAGAAUUUCAGCAUAUAGAAUUUUGUUUUUUCCAUUUUGUUAGAGAUGACAGAAAUGAAGCAAUCUCUCAAUAAAUUUCCAGCUCUUUACUCUUUA